AUAAACAUUAAAAACACAAAGUUCAUUGAAGGGAUUUAUUUUUUCAGCAAAUUUAUGUUUAUUACAAUAUAUCAUUCUUUUAUUCACCGUUCCUGCUUCAAUUCAGGCAUCCACACAGUUUCUGCUGUUUCUAACCAGUUAAAAACACAAGAAUAUUAGUAGAUUUGAACGAAUUCUAUAAAUAAAUUAUCCCAUAAAUAAACUUGUGAAUCAGUGGAGUGAUUCAAAUUGAUUAAAUUCUCACAGAUCCAAAUCAUUACGGCAUUUUCCUCACCCUUUUAGAACCACACUGAAACAUGUUCUUGUAUCUGAGUUGAAAGCAAGAUCUGACUACGUUCUAUGUACCUUACUUCAUAAAAUCAGGUACACUGCAGGAUUCACAUAGAGGCGACCAGAUCAGAGGACUCAUCAUUUAUGGAUAUGGAAAACAAAUUUCAAUUGGUAAUCGUUGAUCUCAGCUAUGGAGUAUAGGACGUCCUUCUUACAGUUAUCGACAGACGAAUAUACCUUUUUCAGAAUUUAUGACUCAGUAUCUCCUUUAAACUGGAUGAUCAUGAAGAGAGUGUUAUUUGAUGAUAUACAUUCUCUCUCACACUUGGUUUGAGGUUUUCUCCAAUCAAUCUAGGUGGAUGUCCAUUGUUGUUCAGCAUCUACGAUAUUUCAACAUCGAUGAAAUCCUUGGUACAGAUUCGUCCAACCAUUGUUCAUAGAGAAUGGAUCAGGUUUCUCUUUCGCUUCAUUAGUAUUAAGUUUAAAAUCCAUAUAUUGGUCAUUCCAGGUUUUAUAUUACGAACGAGCAACCUAUUGAUUGGUCAGUUACUCGACAUAACAAAACAUAGAAUCAUCUCCCUCCCUCAGUUAUUCUUACAUACAUAAAUGUAUAGUCACUAUUCAAUCAAAAACAAUCAGAGUUUAUCUACAUUACGCGUUUCAGUCAACUCUAUGAAUCUAAGUUCAUUUUAUAUUUUAAGAUUAUCAGAAUUUACAUUCCAAUUUUCGUUAGUAGAUACUACUAUUACUACUACUACUACUACUACUACUACUACUACUACUACUACUACUACUACUACUACUACUACUACUACUACUACUACUACUACUACUACUACUACUACUACUACUACUACUACUACUACUACUACUACUACUACUACUACUACUACUACUACUACUACUACUACUACUACUACUACUACUACUACUACUACUACUACUACUACUACUACUACUACUACUACUACUACUACUACUACUACUACUACUACUACUACUACUACUACUACUACUACUACUACUACUACUACUACUACUACUACUACUACUACUACUACUACUACUACUACUACUACUACUACUACUACUACUACUACUACUACUACUACUACUACUACUACUACUACUACUACUACUACUACUACUACUACUACUACUACUACUACUACUACUACUACUACUACUACUACUACUACUACUACUACUACUACUACUACUACUACUACUACUACUACUACUACUACUACUACUACUACUACUACUACUACUACUACUACUACUACUACUACUACUACUACUACGAAUAAUAAUAAUAAUAAUAAUAAAUUCGUGCUUCAGGUGCUUCAGUGCUUCCAGGUUUUCGAUGGUGGUCUAGCUUCAAUUGACCCAUGAUUUCAACUAUGAAAAUACUAAAUUCUCCACAAAACCCCCUAUGAUCAAUAAAUUAGUUGUUCAGUAAUUCUUCUACUCGUUAUUGCGUAGUUCUUCCUCCCUGCAUAUAUCUCUCUCUCCCACUUUAAUCCAUUCAAACAAGUCACUUAUUCUCAAUCACUAAAUCACUUUUAUUCUCACAUCAUUUUCUUCUUACUCUUCUUCUCCUCCUAAUCAGUUUUUUCCUCUGUUGCUCCCUACAUUAUUCUUUUUCUCUAUAUGGAAAAAUCGACCAUCUUCUUGUUCAACGGUACGAUUUACAGAUAUGUUUGUUGUAUGUUUAUGGAGGGAGGGGGCGAGACUGAUGCAUUUUAACAAAAGAGGAUUUAGGUUAUAAUGUCAUUUCGGAGUAGGAAAUAUGUUCACAGAAAAAAAUAUAUAUAAGAUAUUUAUAGU